UUUGCAGGAACAUACAAGGAUUUUUUUUUAUAUAUAAAAAUGGGAUGUUUGGCGUUCCUCAAAGACUUUUUCCUGGGUUUCUGGGACUAUGAGACUCCAAAAGUAAUGGUGGUGAAGGACAGAAAACUAGGAGUCAUAUACAGAGCCGUGCAGUUCCUGGUCCUCACAUAUUUCGUUUGGUACGUAUUUAUCAGUCAGAAAUCGUAUCAGGACACAGAGACGCGUCCGGAGAGCUCAGUGUACACUGAAAUGAGAGGUGUGGCCAUGCUGGGAGACAGCGUUCAGGACACAACGGAAUAUGUCAGACCAUCUGAGGGUUUUGACAUCAUCAGCACAAUUCUUAGGAGAGAAGUGACGCACGAUCAGAUGCAGGGCACGUGUGCUGAGCAUUACAGUGUUGCCAAUGCAAACUGCACAAAAGAUUCUGACUGCACUCAAGGAGACAUUGAUUUUGAUGGUCAUGGUCAAAGAACAGGACGAUGUAUCCCCUACUACAACUACACAUUCAAGACCUGCGAGAUCAAGACCUGGUGUCCCAUUGAGGAAUAUGCUGCUGUCAGUGAACCAGCUUUGGAAAAGGCUAUUAAUUUUACAGUGUUAAUACAGAAUGCCAUCCUUUUUCCGAAGUUUAAAGUUCUGAGGAGCAACAUUAAACCAAAAAAGCGAAAGAAGUUGUCACGGUGCCAUUAUCACCCAGACACCAACCCGUACUGUCCAGUGUUCAGGCUGGGCUUCAUCGCAGCGCAGGCCCAAGAGAAAUUCAGCGAACUUUGCAUAACGGGUGGAAUAAUUGGCGUGUUCAUUAACUGGAAGUGUGAUUUUGACAAGGAUCCUUCAGAGUGCAUUCCGACAUAUUCGUUCAGAAGAAUGGAUAUAAGAAAAAACCUGACCAGCUCCGAAUAUUACUACAGGUUUGCGAAAUAUUACCAUAAGGAUGGUGUGGAGUACAGGACACUUAUAAAAGCCUAUGGGAUGCGCCUGGAUGUCAUCGUUCAAGGAUAUGCGGGAAAAUUCAGUCUGAUUCCAACCAUUAUCAACGCAGUCAUGGCCCUGACGUCAGUAGGAAUUUGCUCAAUCAUCUGUGACUGGAUCAUGCUGACGUUUAUCGAUAGGAAUGAAGUCUUCAGUGAAAUGAAAUUUGAUGAUGUCUCCAAGAACCCCAAUCAGCCAAUCACAACAGACCUCACACUUACAAGCUAUGGCUCCACCCACUCUGACCUCUCAGAUGGCGUGCCAUUAUAAAACAACUAAAACGCUCCAGUGCCGGCGGCAUGCCAUUCCAAAUAUACACCACAGUAGAAUCUUUUUACAUAAAUGACGGAUAUUUUCCUGUCAGAGGAAAAAUAAGAAUAGAAAACUGCACAACAUGUCAUAUCUGAAUCUGAAAAAAAUAAAAAAAUAAACAAAACCAUGUUUUUUCCAUUAAGCUUCACUUCAGUAAAUAUUAAACACUGAUCACCAAUUGAAUUGCUUAACAUC